AUGCCCGCGGGAGUUCCCGCGGCCUCGCCCGAGUUCUUUCUCAUUUGCUCCCCGCGCGGCAGCAGCGCGGGCAAUUCCGACAGCUCGGGCGGCUCUUCGUGGGAGCUGGUCGGUCUGGAGUCUUCCGACGAUUGGCAGGUGCUGGACCUGCCGCGGAGCGCGCUGGAGGGCGCUGACGAGACGGCUCGCUUCGGGUGCUGGCCUUUCGGGAUCCUGGUGUGGUUGCUCUUCUCUCUGGUGAGUGAUCCGAUCGUGGAGCAGGAUUCGGUUGACGAGUCCGAGAGUUUCGAGAUCCAGGUGCCAGUUGAGCCAUGGUUUCGCCGCUUCUACCGCGUGAGCGCGACCGACGGUGUGGAGGUGCAGCUGGUGCGUCGCAAGAGCGGCAAUGUGUGGGCUGUCAUCGGCCCGGACCUGACCCUCGGCCUGAUCUGCAUCACGGCGAAGACGUCUAUCUUCACGGACCCCGUGGCGGGGAUACGCUGGCGGCCGAUGCCCCCUCUUUCAUCAGCUCAGAGGGGCGCCUACUUCAGCCAGGCGACGGAGGGUUUGAGGGCGUCGACGGUGCCGAUGUUGCCAUUGUGCCGCCCCGGCAGAGGUGGUCAGCAGGCGAUGGCGGUGAACGUCCUGUAUGCCGUUUUCAACUCGGGCGCUUCAUCGCUCAAGACGCUGAGGUGGUCUUUGAGGAGUCCCAAGCGUUUCCUGGGUGUGCUGGCCGCGUUGUUCGUAUUGUACGAACUGCUGGUGCUGUUGGGCGUGAUCGAGUAUAUGAAGGAGGUCUGGGUGUACACGAUCAGCUACAUGGUCACGGCCAAGGACGCGUUCGUGGAAAGCUCGGCGGUCGUCCAGGAGUGGGCCACCUACCUGUGGGAGUGGAAGGAGUGGGCUCAGAAGCUCAUGCCUCUUCAGCGGUGGUUUGCAAUGUUCCUGGCUCUGAUAUUUCUGACCAUCUGGGCGGCCCACGAGUGUUCGGACAGUGGAGAGCACGGAGAGUCCUCGAUUGGGUCCUCAAGCGCUUCGAGUGUGGACGUGCCCGUCGGUUCGACUGCUUCGGUGCCUCCGCCUUUGCCGCCGCCUGGCUAUCUUCCAGGCGGGGAGAGUGCUGCGUUGGCGAGCCAGCUGAACGAUCUCGUGGAGUCCCAGAAGGCCACGAUGGAUGAUAUCAGCGAGAUCAGGACCGCCGAGAGGUCGAGAGAGCUGCGUCGAGACGUACUCGAAGCUUCCCUGGAUUCUCGCGGUCGCGCGGACGCCGAGGCCAACAAGCAAGCUCGUCUGAAGGGGGGGGCUCCUGUGGAGGCAGGAGCUGGCGAGCAUGGGGCCGCGAUCGAGGGGGCGGGCUUUUCGGCUUCUGCAGUCGCCGUGCUCGGGUCGCCCGUGAAGAGUACCCCCGCAGCGUUGAUGGAGACGCCCGAGAAGCGGGCUGCUACGUCUCAGCCGGAGGCCGUCGAGUCGGCCAUCAAGCGGAUGCGCUUCAAGGCUCAGUUGCCGCAGCAGGUGUUCAUGGAGCAGCUGGACGAGUACAAGGAGAUCGAGCCCGAGGAGUGGAACAGCCAGAUGCCCGAGGGUUACCGCCAGCGGAUUUCGGCCGAGGUGCUGUCGGAGAUCCACUCGUCAGGGAAGACGGCCGAGGCUUGGGCGCGCGACUUCAUCAGGGACCGCGGCCUGAGCGACUGCAACACGGCGCGGGAGAUGAUCGCGGCCUACGCCGCGGUGGACACGAUGCUGAUGACCGAUCGUCAGAGGGGGCUCCUCAACCUGGUGAGCUUCGAGCGGCUGGUGCGAAAGGGCUACGCCAUCGUGAGGGCCUACCGCAACGUCAACAGCCGCGACGACUGGAGCCGCCCCAAGGAUGCCAAGAACUGGAAGUCGAAGGUGGACUGGGAGGCGGCGCGUCGCUUGGACCCUCAGCUCGCCGACGAGGGCACUAUCCGGGUGAUGAGCGCCGAGGAAGAGAUGAAGAAGGCCAUGGGUCGCGACGCGCAGCUGAUGAAGGCGCGCUCCGACCUGGACUGUGGUGCGGCGGCCCCGCCGUGA